AUGAUUUUUAAGAUGAAUACCUACCUUGAUGAUAACUAUAAUUCAUCAUUACCUGGAUAUUUGGACUACUCUGUACUAAGUAAUGGGAGUCUCACUGAAAACAACUCUAAUCAGUCAGCAAGCAAUCUGAAUUUACCUGCCUUGGAUAUCACUAGGGCUAUAAUUGUGGGGCUUGUCCUAGGUGCCUUCAUACUUUUCGCUAUAGUAGGUAACAUCUUGGUAAUUCUCUCUGUAGCUUGCAAUAGGCAUUUAAGAAUCCCUACGAACUACUUCAUAGUUAACCUCGCAAUAGCAGACUUGUUGCUGAGUUUUACUGUCCUUCCAUUUUCUGCUACACUAGAAAUUCUUGGCUAUUGGGCUUUAGGGAGGAUAUUUUGUGAUAUCUGGGCAGCGGUUGAUGUGAUGUGCUGUACUGCUUCUAUCUUAAGCCUGUGUGCAAUUUCUAUAGAUAGAUAUAUAGGGGUGAGUUAUUCCCUUCAGUAUCCGACUUUGGUAACUAGGAGGAAAGCAAUUCUUGCCCUCCUAAGUGUCUGGGUCCUCUCCACGGUAAUCUCCAUUGGACCUCUUCUGGGAUGGAAGGAACCAGCACCUAAGGAUGAUAAAGAGUGCCGCAUCACUGAAGAACCUUUCUAUGCCUUGUUUUCUUCUUUGGGGUCAUUUUACAUUCCUUUGAUUGUCAUACUGGUGAUGUACUGUAGAGUCUACAUAGUGGCCAAAAGGACAACUAAAAACCUGGAAGCUGGGGUCAUGAAAGAAAUGUGUGAUUCCAAGGAGCUGACCUUAAGGAUUCACUCCCGGAACAUUCACGAGGACACUUUCAACAGCAGCAAGAGCAAGGGGCACCACCCCAGAAACUCCAUAGCUUUCAAACUUUUUAAAUUCUCUCGAGAAAAGAAGGCAGCCAAGACCUUGGGAAUUGUAGUUGGCAUGUUUAUUUUGUGCUGGCUACCUUUCUUCAUAGCUCUGCCUCUAGGGUCUAUGUUUUCUGCUUUGAAGCCACCUGAAACCAUCUUCAAGAUAAUUUUUUGGCUUGGCUACUUCAACAGCUGCUUGAACCCAAUCAUCUACCCCUGCUCAAGCAAAGAGUUCAAGAGGGCUUUUAUACGGAUCCUGAAGUGCCAGUGCCGCCAGCGGAGGCGGCUGGGGUGGUGGGCCUACAACUACAGGAACUGGAACCAAGGCUCCUUCGAACGCUCCCGCAAGGACUCGUUGGAAGACAGCAGGAGCUUCCUAAGCGGCAGUCAGAGGACAUUAUCCUCAGCCAACCCGAGCCCCAGCUACCUGAGCAAAGUCACUCACCCUCCCAUGGAAAUGUACACGUUCCAGGAGUGGAAGAGCUCCAGCUCCUUCCUGGGCCCCCUACAGGAAGGCAGCAGGCGAAAGGACUCAUGCCACCUCUUCACCUUCAAGCUCCCAACCGAGCACAACGGACAUCUCGCUGCUGGCAGCCAAGCCUCGCCCAAUGGGGGCUGCAAGACCAUCUGUGACACACUGAACAGCACAGCUGACUGCAGAAUGGCUGUUGAAAUGAGCAAAUUCUAA